UCCUUCAUUUUCCUUUUGAUUUUAUUUCCUUUUAGGUCUCUUCAAUCAAAUUCCGACGUUCUGAUUUCCGAUUCCGAUUCCGAUUAAUUGACGGACGUUGUUGGCCGCCGGUGGCGGAUUUAUAUCAUCUUCCCCAUACAAUCGCCCAUAGCCGCACGUUGAAUUCCCCUCUUUUGCCGAACCUCAAUUCUAAUUUCGAACGGUAUGUGGUGUUUGGAUUGAAGGCCAAUGGCGUAUACUUUGGAGUCAUGGACGAAGGAAUACAAUGAAGCUUUGAAACUCUCUGAAGAGAUCAAUGGCAUGAUUUCUGAGAGAAAUUCACUUGCUGCGUCUGGCCCGGAAGCUCAACGUCACGCUUCGGCCAUACGCAGGAAGAUCACGAUAUUGGGUACCAGACUUGAUACCUUGCAGACUCAGUUACCCAAGCUUCAAGGAAAGCAACCAAUACCAGAGAAAGAGAUGAACCGUCGCAGGGACAUGAUAGCAAAUUUGAGAUCAAAAGCUAACCAGAUGGCUUCAGCUUUGAACAUGUCGAACUUUGCGAACCGUGAUAGCUUACUUGGUCCAGAAAUAAAGCCAGCUGAUGUUAUGAACAGAACAGCAGGCUUGGACAACCAGGGCCUAGUUGGUUUUCAACGACAAAUCAUGAGAGAGCAAGAUGAAGGUCUCGAGAAACUGGAAGGGACUAUAAUUAGCACAAAACAUAUUGCAUUGGCUGUCAAUGAAGAACUUACCCUUCACACGAGACUUAUUGAUGAUUUAGAUGAACACGUUGAUGUUACAGAUUCACGAUUACGGCGAGUGCAGAAGAGGCUGGCAAUAUUGAACAAGCGGACCAAGGGUGGUUGCACUUGCAUGUCGAUGAUUUUAUCGGUUGUCGGGAUCGUCGUUCUUGCUGCUGUUAUAUGGCUACUCAUCAAGUAUUUGUAACUCACUGUGAUUUGGUGUGAAUUGGCUAAAACGUAAAGCUUGUGGUGUAAGAUUCUGAUGUCUGGUUUUCUUUUGUGAAGUUGUGCUCUUUUUUUUUUACUUCCAUGAGAUUGAGGCGAGUUUGGAGUUUGUAUAUUUUCAGCUUUAAGCGACUAUUGUGAUUGCCAACUCUUCAUCCCUCUUCUUACUACGAAAUAUUAAGGUCGCCCGUUAAAAUACCA